AUGUUGAAUAUUCCGAAAGCAAAAACGACACCAUGGACCCAGGAAAUUCGUACUUUUACGCCAUGCCCAAAUUAAAUACAAAUACACGCGAUGAAGGAUUAACACUGACCAAUGAUACGGUCAGUAAACGUCAUCAAACCAAAAUACUCUUGGUUUCCUUGAUCGAAUCACUCUGCAAAACGUAUGGCGAUACUCCAGAAACCACACGAAAGAUCUUUUUUAAACUCUGCCAAACGUUGCGCACAUUUGGUUUCAUUGAUACUGAAUUCGAAGACGAGAUAGCUGGAAUGCGAUCCAACUAUCACCAAGCCUUUGAACAUUUGUUUUACACUGCAGCACAAGCAGUACGACAAAGUGAUCUUGCCAUGAGUACACAACGUAAAUUACUGACGAUGAACGAAGAAGAUCAUGAGGACGAUGAAGAAGUGGAAGAUGAACAGGAGGAAUUAAGCCCGUUGAAAUAUUCGCUCAGUAUCCAGAAUUCGAGAUACAAUAAUGAUUUUGUAGAAGGCGAAAUUUUAGGCCGUGGUGGAUUUGCUAGUGCUUGGCGUGCAAGGAAUAAGCUCGAUGAUAUUGAAUAUGCCAUCAAAAAGAUUCGUUUAGCGAAUAAUCAAGAUGGUUAUGAUAAAAUAUUUAGAGAAAUUAAAAAUCUAGCGCGAUUAGAACAUCAUAACGUGGUCCGAUAUUAUUCGUCUUGGUUGGAAUAUGCUUAUCCGCAACCCGAAGAUGAUACAGAUGAAGAAGAUGAUGAAUAUGAUCAUGAUGAAUCCUCAAGUUUUUUCCAUAGUCAGGAUCCUCAGGCUCACUUUGAAUCCGAAUUAUCCUUCAUUUCGUUUGAAAGUAAUAGCAAUCAGAUCCAUUCUCCUUCUCAAUCUUAUUCUUCCUCUUAUUCAUCUUCUCAAAAUAAUCAUGAUCAAGCGGCUGGUAGUUUCACUCUGUUUAUUCAAAUGCAAUUAUGUCCCAGCACCUUGCAUGAAUACCUUAAAUUUAGAAAUCAGGAAGGCUUUUUCAGUGAGCAGCAAAAUAUUGAGUUAUUCGGCCAAAUUUUGGAAGGUGCUGCUUAUAUCCAUCAAGAAGGUCUUAUUCACCGUGACCUCAAACCAAGCAAUAUUUUUUUAUCCAAGCGACACAAGAGUCGUGACGACAAUCAUGAACCCAUGGUGCCUAAAAUUGGAGAUUUUGGUCUAGCUGCAAAUGUAUUGGAUGAAGAUGACGAAGAUGUUUAUAUGGAUGCAUCAUUUGAAAGUCAAUGUCACAGUGCCAAUGAUUUAUCUCAUACAGCCUCCUCAUCCUCUGUCACACAUCAUAACAGUGUUGAAUCGCUCUUGUCCAGUCAGACAUCACGGCCCAGACUUACCCGAAGUAGAACCAGUGGAGUCGGAACACGUACCUAUGCUGCACCGGAACAAAUUGCAAUUCCGACAUUAGCGUAUGAUGAAAAGGCCGAUAUCUAUUCAUUAGGCAUUAUCUUGUUUGAACUGUAUCGACCUUUUUCAACUGCGAUGGAACGAGCCGAUGCUAUCGAUAAGUUAAAGCGUAAAGGUCAAUUCCCAGCAAAUUUUGUAGAAAAGUAUCCGACGCAAUCCCAAAUUAUUCUCUCCAUGAUGAAUAAAGAUCCAUGUCUUCGUCCUACCGCGUUGGAAAUUCUCUCUUCUGAUUUAUUUCAAAAACGGUAUAUUGUACCUGACAAUAAUACCGUAGUGCAUGACCGUGAAAUGGCUGAAUUGCGGGAUCAAUACACACAAAUGAAGAAUGAAAAAGAAGAGCUUCAAAGACGUCUAGAUGAAAUAGAAGCCAAAUUAAAUCAGUGUGAUGUUCAAGAGGAUAAUCAUCAUCAGGGUAAAAGACCACAUCAUAGUACCUUAGAUGUCAAGUCGGAAGGUAUCACUCGUCAUAUUUCGAAAAUGCUCUUUUCCUCUCAAUGAUAUUAUUUUCUCCUUGGUCAUCCCUUAUACAUAUAUCUCUUUCCCCAAACACAAACAGACUUCUUUUUCUUCUGUAAAUAUACCACCCCACUCUCUCACUCACUCACUUUUUAUUAUUAAACCGAAAAUGCUACUUGUUGAUAUGUUUCUUAUGCAGAGCAAAGGAAAAUUGUUCCUAUCAAAAACGAAAAGCCACAACGCAGUCACGGG